UCCACCAAUCUCAGCCUCUAUGCAAAGAUAUGAAGAAAGGCAUCAGGAAUUGGCUAUUUUUGAUUUAUUACUAUCUAUACUAAUACUGGUAAGAAUUUUCCGAGUCUCAAUUCUCAAUUACACUAUAUUACGCAUUUUUUUGUAGCGUUGCAGCUUCUGUUUCAGUAUUGCCUUGAGUUGUCAGAUUCCGUUGACCUGUGAUUCUCCUCUCUUCUCUUCUGUUUUGCUCUGAAACCACUAUAUAGUUCCAUCUCUAUUUUUGAGUUAAACUAUUUUGAUCAUACAUAUAUACGUAUUGCGGAGAUGGCCUCGCACGAAAGUUUGGGUUUUGGGGGGCUUCUUGUGCUUCUUCUUCAUAUGGCUUUGUCGAUCAGUCCAGCCAGUGGAAUUGGGGUGAACUGGGGAACCCAAUCAACGCACCCUCUGCCUCCCUCAACCAUCGUACGGAUGCUCAAAGAUAUUGGCUUUCAAAAGGUUAAGCUUUUCGACGCCGAUGCUACUACUUUGAAAGCUCUUGGCAAAUCCGGAAUUCAGGUGAUGGUGGGGAUUCCCAAUGACUUGCUCCCUACUCUUGCCAACAGUGUUCAAGCCGCUCAAGAUUGGGUUGCUCAGAAUGUCUCUUCCCACGUCUCUUCCAACGCUGUCGACAUCAGGUAUGUCGCAGUUGGAAAUGAACCAUUCCUUGGAGCAUAUAAUGGAAGCUACAUUGGGCUUACGCUGCCUGCACUUGAGAAUGUUCAGUCAGCUCUAAUAAAGGCUGGCUUGGCCGGUCAAGUGAAGGUAACGGUGCCACUUAAUGCUGAUGUGUAUCAGAGUUCAACAAAUCUUCCUUCUCAUGGCGAUUUCCGGUCAGAUAUCCGCCAACCCAUGCUUCAAAUUGUUAAGUUUUUGAAUGACAACGGAGCCCCCUUUACCGUAAACAUAUACCCGUUUAUAAGCCUUCAUAACGAUGCCAAUUUCCCCAUUGACUUUGCCUUCUUUGAUGGCUCCUCAUCUGCAAUUAACGAUGGCGACAGAGUGUAUGAGAACGUGUUCGAUGCCAACCACGACACACUUGUAUGGGCCUUGCAGAAAAAUGGAUAUGGGAACUUGUCCAUAAUCGUCGGAGAAAUUGGUUGGCCUACUGACGGGGACAAAAAUGCAAAUCCGAAGUACGCACAGCAGUUCAACCAAGGGUUUAUGUCCCGCGUCAUAGCUGGAAAGGGGACCCCAAUGAGAUCAGGCCCUGUGGAUGCAUACCUAUUUAGCCUCAUAGAUGAAGAUGCCAAAAGCAUUCAGCCAGGUAACUUUGAGCGUCACUGGGGCUUAUUUUACUUUGACGGGCAACCCAAGUACCCGCUCAGGCUGGGAACGACGAGCUCAAAUGGUUUGGUGCCAGCUACGGAUGUACGUUAUAUGGCCAAGAAAUGGUGUGUUAUGUCGCCAUCGGCAAACCUUGAUGACCCACAGGUGGGACCAAGUGUGAGUUAUGCUUGCUCACAUGCUGAUUGCACCAGUCUUGGGUAUGCUACUUCCUGUGCAAAUUUGGACCCUCGUGGGAACAUCUCCUAUGCAUUUAACAAUUACUACCAGAUUUUUAAUCAGCUUGAUAGUGCCUGCAUGUUCCCAAACAACCUUUCUGUUGUCACAGACAUUGACCCAUCUGUUGGAGAUUGCAGGUUUAGUAUCAUGAUUCAAAGUCUGCCAGCAGCUCAAGGAACAGCCAGCUCUUUAAGACUGAAUGUCCUAGUGUUUGUAUCCCUACUUGUAUUUACACUUUCGUGAACAUUUGGUUGCAGCUGCACUCAAUUCAUUUCAUUCCUUCAAUUUACAUGUACAGACUACGUUGAGAAUAUUCAGCAUUUCAGAUUC